AUGAUCGCGGAGGAUGGGAGCGCCGUGACCAGGGCGCCGGCCAUGCUCCCCAUGCUGAAGCCGAACCAAUACACCGUCAGGCUCGGCAAGGGUAAGUUGUACUCCGACAUUAUCAACGGACCAAACUGGGUCCUGAAUGAAUCGACGAUCAGGAAAGCGGUCAUGGAGCGUUUGGGUUCAGAAACACAUCCUGAACAAGCCCCUGCGCGGGGGAUGGUCGGGGGCAGACCCGUCGUCCUUGGUAUCCAGGUGGCUUUGUUCAUGGAGGAGUCUCGAGGAGCGAUAAGAGCCCAGUCCUUCGCACAGUCGUCGGGGAUGUAG